GCCGAUCGUCGACGAAGAACAUCUAUAUUUUUCCCACAGCGAAGGUUGUUUUGACGGAUGAUGGUGGUGGCUCAAAAUUAACGAGAAGGAUGGCAGCGCCCAUUGCAGUUUUUGACGAGAAUGAAGACCAGGAUUGCGAAGAAUGGCCAGAAUUCAUUGAUUAUAGAACUUCCUCAGACAUAGUUAAUUCCAAUGGAGAUGUAUAUUCUGAUUUUUCAUCCAAAGAGGAAAUAAACGUGGACAAUUUUUCCGAAAUGCGAUCGGAUUCCAUUGAAGAUCUUGUGAACAAUUUCGACGAUAAGUUGGCGAGUUGUUUCAGAAAUUUCAAUUUAAACACCGACAGAUUUGCACCUGUCAAAAUCUUGUCACAAGAGGAAAUUAUGAAAAAUUGCAAAUUAUGGAAGAAAGUAACAGACAAUUUUGGACAAGUCAUGCCUCUUGAUUGGUCAACAUCACGGACAAGAGCGAAGCAACUCCCGGCACUCAAUCUGAAACCUAAUAGGCCGGCAGACACCACCACAAACUUGGACCUUCCUGAUGACGAGGAUCUUGCGGAAAGCUUUGACAUGCAUUCAAUGAUCUUAACGUCGGUUCACAAUGACAACAACGAUGUCCCUGUCCUUACCGCAGAUCAGGUCAUUGAGGAAAUUGAUGAAAUUUUCAAGGAGUCUCAGUCUGAGUCAUCAUUAGAUGAGAAGGCAGAUGAGGAUAUUUUGUCAACCAUAUCAGAUGAGCUUCAGGUGCUACGAGAAAGGUCAAUGACAACCAGUAGUUAUGAGGAGAGCAAGGCUGCACAAGAUGGAUGGCAAGAACUGAAGACCAUGUCAUUGCAAGCGUUGAACGAACUGCUGGAGGAACUUGACCAAACUAUUAAGGACUAUUCACAAGUGUUGGUGCACGACCUCGCCCUUCGGGAAGAACUAGAGUUUGAAAAAGAGAUGAAGAACCAGUUUAUUUCUGCGUUGGUAAAGGUACAGAAUAAACAGAAGUCGCUGAAGGUAAAAAAACAGGGCAAGAAAGGAAAGAACGGUGUGGAACCUGGCCUUUAUCUAACCACAAGAAUACCAUACAAUAAGCCAAGAGGACCACCAAACAUUCAGACAUUACAGAUUGUCACCAAAAUUCUCCGAGCAAUGGAUGAAGACAGUAAAGAAGUGCCAGAUCUUCUUACCAAUUAUAUACUCAAAGUAUUGUGUCCGACGUAGAAGUUUUGAAGUGAUGUCAUGAAAACUUGUUUCCAUGGUAGCAAGGUCAAAUAUCAACCAUACAUUGUCAAAACUUUUUGUCUUCAAGUCUUUAUUGUGUGCUAAAGUCUACGGUCAGCUUUUCAAUAACCAAAUAAAAAUGUAUUGUUUUUUUCUCCGAAAAGAAUUUUAAUAGCAACAAAUUGUAUGUAGAAAUAUCAAACCAUGUUAGUGAAGCUUAAAAUUUGGUUAUUUUUAUAUAUUUUGCAGAAAAGUGAAAUUUUUUCCCGAGCUAAUUUUUGCAAAGCCUUAAAGUAAUUACAACAAAAAAUAAUUUCAGCAUAAAAAGACCCUUGUAAAUAUUUUUGUAGCACUGUUUAGCCUAGGUGUUCUAACAAGCUUGGCUCAGUCACAUUUGGAUUUAAGUAGUUUUACCAUGCUCCUUUGCUGUAUUUGUUUGGUAUGUUAUAGACAGCCAUGUAAAAUUCAACCCUAGCAAAAAACAAAUUACAUCUUGGAAAGACAAAAUAGGAAAAGACUAACAGAUUAAUUUAGAAAGUUCAUGGAGAUUCUUCAGUGAUCUCAUAUAAGAACUAAACAAAGUAUAUCUGAUUUAUUCCCUUAUUGGCUCAUUUUUGUAACAGAGGCACAAUUCUCAGAGAGAUGUCCUACAAAACAAUUUUAAAUAUAAAGAUAAACUGAUGUAGAGUAGAACAUGUUUAGCCGUUACUUAUUUAUAUGCAUAUUUUAAUCCAUUUUAUGAAUUUUUGAGGCCACAAUUUUAAUAGUGAUCAGCAAACUGAAUUUUUAUUAGAUCUUUUAAAAGUUGUCCAAAACCCACAUCAUCAGGAUAGUCUGUCGUAGAUUAUAGAUUCUUAGUUUUACCUUGAGUUUGUGUUCUUUUUAAAUUUCUUCAAACAUUACCGCCCAAUUUUGAAAUAGCUUUAAUGAAUAAGAAUAAUCUGUAGCUGUGGUAACCAAAGUGUAAUUCCCCUUUUAGAUGCUGCUUCUAAUAUUUUCGAACUAUUAGACGCAUUUGAUAUUUCAUAAAUUCCUAAUAGUGUAGUAUUGUAUUCAUUAUGGAUAAUCUAACAUUGUUAAUACUGGUAUUAUUGGUACUUUAUUUUUUGUCCUGUUUAAUCAUCUAUAUUGUAAAAAGUGUAACUGCAACAUAAUAUGGAUACAUAACUAUGUUUUUUGUGUGUAGAGUUAGAUUGAACUUUUACCACUGUAUACGUCAUACUGCACUAGCCUCAAAGUUGUCAUCAAUUAGAUUCCGAGUCUUUCUCAGCUACUAACUCCAAAGUCAUACUCAACUUGGCCGUAAAUUUUAUUCAAGUGUUACUUGGCUAGGUUCCAGGUAUUACCUAGCUAAGUUCCAACUUCUUACUAAAGUAAAGAGUUACUAAAUUCCAGGACUUAAUUACCUAGUUUCCAAUUCUCAACUGAAGACUUUCCUCAACUCUGAAGUCUUAUUAGGCUAGGUCUUACUCAAAUAUCAACCAUACAUUGUCAAAACUUUUUGUCUUCAAGUCUUUAUUGUGUGCUAAAGUCUACGGUCAGCUUUUCAAUAACCAGGUAUUACCUAGCUAAGUUCCAACUUCUCACUAAAGUAAAGAGUUACUAAAUUCCAGGACUUAAUUACCUAGUUUCCAAUUCUCAACUGAAGACUUUCCUCAACUCUGAACUCUUAUUAGGCUAGGUCUUACUCAACUGGUUCCAAGUCUUACUGAACUAGGUUCCAAGUCUUACUCAACUAGGUUGCAAAUUCUUACUCAACUAGGUUCCAAGUCUUACUUAACUGGGUUCCAAGUCUUACUCAACUAGGUUCCAAGUCCUACUCAACUAGGUUCCAAGUCCUACUCAACUGGGUUCCAAGUCUUACUCAACUGGGUUCCAAGUCUUACUAGGUUCCAAGUCCUACUCAACUAGGUUCCAAGUCCUACUCAACUGGGUUCCAAGUCCUACUCAACUGGGUUCCACGUUUUACUCAACUAUGUUCCAAGUCCUACUUAACUAGGUUCCAAGUCUUACUUCACUAUCUUUUAAGCCCUAAUCUGCUAUGCCUUAGGGGAAUAGCAUCUAACGGGAACUGACAUGAGUGAGACUCAACAAGAUUUUUACAUUUCUAACUCAAAUUCAUACUGAAUGUAGUUUGAACAUGGUAGUAUUACUCAAGAAUUCAUUCAAGUUAUGACAAAUCAUUAGUUCUAGAAAAAAAAUCAUAGUGGUAUUGACACUUUCAAUGGCUGUGUUUAAAAUUAACAGAGAGGCAAAACAGUAGAUAACCACAAUGAAUGGUUGGUAAUGAAUUUUGUAUUAUUGUAUGUGAGAAAAAAAAAUGUCGGACUAAUCAAUAAGAGGAUAAUUAACCAAUUAAUCUUGCAGUGGAUGUAAUUGAGUGGUUUUGCUACACAUUACAUUUUAGCAUCAAUAGCAACAUUGCACAUUAGUGUAUGAAGUGCGCAAUUGAUUAUAGGUACAUGUUCAUGUUUAGAAUAAUAUAUAAUUAUUAGUAGUUGUUAAUGUUACAGUGAGAACUAAAUUUGUAGUGAUUUAAUUGUGCAAUCAUAAAAAAUGACUUCCCUGUCAAGAAUCUGAGACUAUUUUAUUCAAAUUGUAUCUACUCUCUCCAUCAGUUUGUACAAAGUCAAUUUUAUAAUGUGAGGUAGAUGCUGAGAUUAAAAGUUAUUCGAUUUUAAUUUCAUGAAAUUCCAAUUCAAAAAAUAAUGAAAAAACUCGUGUUAUGUUAUUUGCUUACAUUUAUGUUUUUAUAUUUUAAUAUUGUUUUCCUCUUAUGAAAUUUUAAGGUUUUACAGAACAUAUUUAUUUAUCAUCUGGAAUUUCAAACUACAUUCUCGAAAUGUGAAUCUUAAUAAAUUUUAAUAUUAUAUAUGAAGACUUAAUUUUAAGUUGGUGCUCUGUAAAUACUGGUACUAGUUGAUUUUGUUGGAAACAAGAUUCUUCUCAUGUAUUUGAGAAGCAAUGAAUAACCAAAGAGCAUAUUAAUCUCAAUGAAUAAUAAGUUAUUUUAUAUCCAUUAUCCAUUUAUUAUAAUAAUUUUUGUUUUAUUAUUUUGAUUUUAAGAAAAUAUUUCUUGGAUAUCGUGAAAUAGUAUUACUCCACACUUGGAUCAGUGUGUUGUAGGAUUAUUUAUAUUUUACAUUAAUGUAAUGUAAUAUUCUGAACAUAGCCAAUGUAUAAAACAUAAUUCUGUUACAUUGUAGCUUAAUGGAUCUUGUCAAAUUUGACAAAUGACCAAUCAGAACAGAUCCAGGAAUAUGCAUGUCCUACAAACGUACACGCUGUCCCAUAAAUAUACGUAUAAUCACAUCGUUUUAUGGGUCUUUAGCAACACAAUAUCCAAGUAGCCGCGCUUAACAGAAGGGCUCUUGGUUAUUUCAGUAUUAUUUCUUUGAUUUCAUAAUUUUAAAUACUAUUUCUUUUAAUGUUUUAUAUUUCUUUUAUAAGGAAAUUUUAACUUAAAAAUGUGCAUUUUAUCACAGUAUUGCUUCGAUGAUUCUUAAUUUUAUACUAUUAUAUUACUUUUUUUUGUAGUACUGUUUUUUAGGAUGUGCAUUUUUUUUUUCUGCUUAGAUUUUUUUUACUAAUUUUUUUAUUGAAUGCCACACAAUAUUGUUCUCUCAUAGAAUACUAUUCAAACCUAAAUACUGUACACCUAAAAUAAUUGAUCAUGUUUGUAGUAGUAAGAUGAUGUUAAAUAGUUGGUAUGUUACUACAAAAAUCGGCAAAAUAAUUAUCAUUUACUUUCAUGUUUUGUUAAGGGAUACAAAUAUGUUCUGAAAACCAACUUUUUGAUGGAGUUUUUUAUUGGGUACUUAAAAAAACGUUAGGUAAAGUGGUGCUUGAGAUUUUGUAUGUAUACAAAAUUUCAUAUAUUUCAUUUUAUUUGUUCCAAAAUAAAAACUCAAUAUAUACAAUAUGGCAUGAUAUGCCGAGCAAAAGUUAGAAAAAAUCACUGUCGCUAACGUGGCGGUCUGCUUCAGUACCAAACACAUACAAUAACGUAACACACUGCCAAUCGAAAAUCAGCAUACUAUUGUUAUGUUGAACUGAUUAAUUAGCAUAAUAAUAUGGCAGUAUUGUAUACUUUUAGUACAGAGAAGCUGUAAUACUUUUACUCAUAUCUUUGGCAAUAGUAAGUCGAUUACAGUAAAUGACACAUCAUUUUAAAGCUUAAAAUGUAGAGAAUAAGAAAGUAUUAAAAAGUUAAUUUCUAUUUUUUUUUUGCCACUGAUGCUAGUUUUUGGAUGGCAACCUUCAUAAUAUUUGUCACAAAAUUUUAUUUUUUAGUUUAUAAUUGACCAUUCUAUAUUUGGUUAUCUUCAAGGAGAACCUUAAAUAUUUAUCAAACUACUAUUUGUGUUAUAUGUUUUAAUAGUUGGUUAGAAAGAGCCGGGGUUAGUACUAGUGAAGGGAAAAGUAUUGUUUUAUUGGCGCUUGUAAAAUUGACUGAAUGUUUUUACUCUCCAAGUGCAAUCACAGACUAAAAGAUAGACAUCAGUAAAAUAUUGUAUAAGGUGUAGAUAGUUUUAAUUGUAAGAAAAAAAAAAAGCAAAGUCGUUCAUAUUUUGAUAGUAUAUAAGAGAGAUUGUCGGAAGAUUGCCAUGAAUUGGAUUGUAGAGUUCUUAAACUUUGUCCAGUUUAUCAAAUUUUCUUUGUAUGCCUAUAUAUGGUCAUGAUGUAAUGUCAUCAUGACCAUAUUUGGGAAUGUCGUAUGUUUUUGUCAAAUAAAAUUUGAUAGUCUGGGCAGGGCGUCAAUUAUCGUGUUUGAAGUUGAGGUACAAAGUGUAAUUGACUUCAUUUCCGAGGCUGAGAAUUGUUGCACAUGUCAGGGUAGUGAGUUGUACUUAAGCCUCCAACCAAGGUUCGAAGAGCAUUUCUAAUAUUGCUUUGAGGGAGCUUUUGAUUGAGCAACAACGUAAAGAUCCAAAACAAAAUCAUAUCACUUAAAACCAUCUGCGCAUGUUAAGACCUUGAGUUCUUAUCGUCCUCUGUGCAAAGAACACAGAAUGGUCACGGAUGAGUGUCUGCUCAAAGAAUUGCACAAUCGAAAGCUUCUUCCAAUUAUGAUUAAUAUACAGGUAUGUUGAUAAGUUAAAUUUUGCCCAACUUAAUUUUUUUAGCUUUGUUUACAUGCAAGCUACACCAUUCAUCUUUUUUGCAGUUUUUUUUUUACAAAAUUUUGGUACAGAGAUAGAGAUAUAAUCAUAUGUAUCUACUACACAUCUUUCUUUGUGAUAAUAUUGUUGCUGUCAAUGUUUAUUACUGCUAGUGUUAUGAAAAAAAAAUUGAAAAAUUCCAGUCUAAAAUUAGGCCUACUUUAAAUUUUAAUCUUUUAAUUCACAUAUUUUACAAUACUUUGACACUGAUUUUGCAUCUGUUUCAGUAAUGUGUGCCAUCAAUUCCAUCCAUACAAAACCCAUAGAAUAUAGAUAUUCAUUUAAUAUGCACUGUAUCAUUCUGACAUUCUAUUAAAUAUGAAUAGCACCAAGAACAAUAUCACAUUAAACCAUGGUGUAAUUAAGAGCAGGAUAGCAAAUUUUACCUUUGUUCUUGAUUAAGUCGGCAAAUAUAUCCACAUACUUUUUUUUGUGAUGCUUAAUUUGAGUAUGACAACUCACUAUUGAUAUUGGUAAUAAGCAAUUUGCCAUGCUACUUUCAAAUGAGUUUCCCAGUCACUACAUCAUGUAGGGCUAUGCUUUUAAAAGCUCUCAUAAAUCACCUUAGUCGCAAAAUGCGUCGAUAAAGGCUCAAUCUCCAGAUGUGUUAAUGAAAUGGAUGUACGCCGACAUCAUCAUAGUGAUAGAAAAUAAAUCCAAAUGAAACAGCAGGUUGAUACGAGCAGGGACGUGUUUUAGCAUAUUUCUCGUACGAGGGAUAUAUUUCGCCUUUGUGCAAUAUUGUUGCAUGAAUUGUAAACUAAACUGUAGACUUCAAUUGUACAUGUUGUGAGGUUUGAUUUUUUGAACAAUGAUUUCAGCUCGUAGACAAUUUUAAUAAUAUACCGAGUAAAUGUAAACAACUUGUAUUCUCCACCAUUCAUGUGCACACCAAUUGAUAAGUAAACUAGAUUACGUGUCUGUGUAUCAGUUGGUCUUCUGUAUCAAUAAAUUGUCUAAAGAUAAA